AUGAGAAGUAUGCUCAUGUUGGAGAUGCAAUUCUCGACUCUCAAGGCCCGACUUGUGAAUCAAGACACCCUCGCGAGUAUCUCUCGUCUCUACGGACUCUUGUCGUCUGUCCGCACCGCUACCGCUGCCUAUGAAGCCGUAGCACAAUCAUCGAAGAAUGCCGCCGAGAUUUUCGAGGCAUGCAUCGGCGGUCUAUUCCACGACCAUCUCGAACGCGCGAACGUUACCAACGCGAAUGCAGCUGUUCUCACCCAAGGACCCGCUUUCGACAAGAUUACAGAAUGGCUUGAACCCAUUUUCCGACCUAUGGCCGAACGAGGCUACGACCCCGCUGACGCCGAUGAAGAGGAAGAAGAUCGUUUAGCUGUAGGCGCCAUCAGUGAGCUAUUUGAGACAUUGCAGAGAUGGGGAGCCCGACCUAGUUUCUCCGAAAUGUUGGAAACACCGCCCGGGGCAAACCCGUUGCAUGGAGGGAUGUGGAGGAUUACAUGUACCGUUCAGAUCAAGGGGAAGAGCUGGAGUGCCUCCGCUGUUCGUGCGAAGAAGCAAGAUGCCAAAGCCGUCGCUGCUUGGAAAGUGCUUCAGCACUCGAGAGGGGACUUGCAACCCCGUGGCUUCUGUGCUGCCGAUGGCGCCAAAUUCCGCCUGGCGGAGUGGUGUGUGAGAAACGAUCUGCAAUCACCAGUAUGUACCCCAAUCACUUAUGAGCUGGAUGGUUUCCUGCGGUUCAUAGUGAAGGUAGAUGUUUUUGACAGGAAUGGCAAGCUUCUAACGAGUCAAGUUGUAGAUCGACACCACAUGACCAUGGCGGAGGAAGUCGCUUGCCAUCGGGCGUUGAUAGUGCUUCAAGACUAA